AUGCGUCUCUCUUUUACUGCUGAUGCUUCUUCUCGGCAGCUCUUCCGUAAACCCGUCCUGCUGAGCAACCAAAGAUGGUCACGAACGAGGGAGCCGCUCCUGCAAAGGCCGACGAGCGCAGAGAUCCGUGCCCGUAAUUUUCUCACCGAUAAAAAGAUUCUCGAUCUUUUCCAUUUCCUGAUCGGCCAUUUACUGGUCGACGAGCCUGACGAUCCGAUCGAUUAUCUUCACGAUCUUCUGGACAAAUGCUUACUGUUCAGAUCGGGACUGAUCGAGCCGCCAUUGCUCUUCGAUAAACGACACGUCGAAAGCCUUUUCCAGAGUCUAGACCCAACCUCUUCCGGCCAUAUUUCUCUUAAUGGAUACAAAAUUGGCAUGAUAACUUUGGGUAUCUGCGACUUCAACCACGAACCGACUCGGAAUAAACACGGACGCGUUGAUAAGCAAACUUUCGUCGACGAAGCAAGGGCCUGCCUGGUGAAGAUGCUUCGUGGAAUGAUCGAAAAGUGAAGUUGACGUGAAAACAACCAUUUCGUACGUCGCAUUGUCGACAAUUCGAUACAAAAUAUGAGUUUGAAUUUGUAAAUAAAUCGAAAUUUUGAAAAUA